CCGGAAAUAUUUAGAAAAUAUACAAAGUGCAUAUUUUGCAUUCCUUCUCUGCUAUCUCCUAGCCUCCUACAAUAAAGAAGCAGAGAUAGAAAGAGAGAGAGAAAUCAGAGGAUGGCUACAGUUUCUGAUACAAGAGUCUCCAGCCCUCCUCCACAAAUGGGAUUGGAUCAAGACAUAGAAAGAAUAAUAGAGCUCCUUGGGGUAUUACUGGAAAAAGAGGAUACGACACUCCCAAAGGAACAAAUGGGUCAGUUACGUCAAGUUUUAAUCAGUUCGUUCUUUCGUCAAGUUAAAGAGGUGUACGAGAAUAUGUAUCAAACAGUUGAAACUAAAGGCAGUCCUGAAGUCAGAGCUCAAGCUACAGCUAAAGCAACUGUGGCUGCUUUUGCAGCUAGCGAGGGACAAGGUCAUCCACGUUUAGUCGAAUUAGAAAAAACUGCCGAAGGCUUUGGUUUCAACGUGAUGGGUGGACGGGAACAGAAGUGUCCUAUAUACAUAUCACGCAUAAUACCUGGUGGAUAUUCUGACAGACAAGGGCAGCUAAGAAGAGGCGACCAGAUAUUGUCAGUAAAUGGAGAGAAUCUUGAAGAAGCCGAGCAUUCAAGAGCAGUUGAUCUUUUGAAGAAUGCUCAAGGUACAGCAGUAAAGAUAUCCCCAGGGUGUAAAAUAAGAUGUAUAAUCAUCUACAUGUUCUUAUGUUGUCCAGAAAGUUUUAGCUAGUUUCGAUCAAAAUUGGAUUUUUUAUGA